CAGGUGUCAGGUUGUGAUGCACCUGCACUGGACACUAAAUACAGAGUGAAAGGAAAAUACCUCUCAGCUGGAAACAGAGGAACAAAUAAUACUGAAGAAAAGCGAGAUCCAGAUUUUUUUUUUUUUACCAGAGCCAUUUAUUAGACUGAAGAGACCAGCUGCCAAUCCAAGGAUCAGUCUGUGGGUGAGCAUGAUGUCGUUUGUGCCACAGGGCCUCUCCCCACCUCCUUGUGGAACCCAGUACCCUAGCCUCGAACAGGAGCCUCCAGAGUUCAGCCUGUACAGCAACAACUUCUACAGCACUCCAACCCUGCCUAGCCCGCAGCAGGCCACCCCUACUUCCUACGACCUGGGAGACUACACCAGCCCUCCUUCCAACCCUUACUUGUGGUUCAACGGCCCAGAGCUCAACAGUGUUCCCUACCUAGGUGGGUCCACAGGGCCAGUCUGUGGGCCCUAUGUGCCCCAACUCUACAACAUGCAGAGGCCCUAUCUGGGUGCUGGCGUGCCGAGGGGUGGUGUAGGGGACCUGAGCUGGUUCUCCAUGCCCUCUCAGGAGGAGCUGAUGAAGCUAGCCAGGCCACCCUACUCCUACUCUGCCCUUAUUGCCAUGGCGAUCCACGGGGGCCAAGACAGACGGCUCACCCUGAGCCAGAUCUACCAAUAUGUUGCAGACAACUUCCCCUUCUACAACAAGAGCAAGGCCGGGUGGCAGAACUCUAUCCGCCACAACCUCUCCCUCAACGACUGCUUCAAGAAGGUGCCCCGAGAUGAGGAUGAUCCAGGCAAGGGUAACUACUGGACCCUGGAUCCCAACUGUGAGAAGAUGUUUGACAACGGCAAUUUCCGUCGCAAGAGGAAGAGGAAGUCGGACUCCCUGCCUGGUGAGGGGGGCUCCUCAGGUUCUGAGUCGUUAGAGUCCAGCCCCAAACACCACAACAACAUGAAUGACGUUUCCAGCUCCUCCGAGCGCGGCCCCUCCCCCAUCUCCUCAGCCCCCUCCCUCUGCCUGAACAGCUUCCUGUCUCAGAUGGCUGAAGUGGGGACAGUAUCAAACACAGUAGUGUCAGAUACCCUCCACAGACCCAGCCUGGCUACAGAGCUGUCCCAACGGGUCUCUCCGGCCCAGGGAUACGGCUCCUACUCCCCCAAUGCUCCGAUGCCUCAGUGGGAGGUCUGUAUGUCCCAUCCACAGCAGCCUACCAUUUCCUCCUCUCCUCCCCUCUACCCUGCGGGCUACAGUGACUCUGUCCUCACCCAGCUCAGCAGCCAACUAUACCCAGCCCUGGACUCUGCCUCAAUGCUUUACCCACGGGAAGGCACAGAGGUGUAAAGCACAACUGAUACAUCUACUGGGUCGUUCCACCAAUUAGGUGCCUUCGAGUACUUUAAUUUGCCGAUUUAAUAACAAAAAAAUGCACCUACUUUUAACAUUCUGUCAUAAAGAGCACUGGUUCAACUUAAUAAAAAAACACCCUUUCCCAUCUCAAGAAGUUAACUAACAACAAUACUAUAGUAAGUAAGUGCCUGUUAAGUGGGGAGGCAGGGUAGCCUAGUGGUUAGAGUGUUGGACUAGUAACCAAAAGGUUGCAAGUUCAAAUCCCUGAGCUGACAAGGUACAAAUCUGUCGUUCUGCCCCUGAACAAGGCAGUUAACCCACUUGUUCCUAGGCCGUCAUUGAAAAUAAGAAUUUGUUCUUAACUGACUUGCCUAGUUAAAUAAAGGUUAAAAAAAAGUUUAAAUAAAAAAAAAAUAAGUGCCAAGUAACAGGUUUGACCAUCUUAAAUGGGCCAUAAAUCCCCUUGUGACAGGGGGAAUGGAAGUAAGUGUGUUGUGUGCAACAGGGAGGGGCAAUUGAAAGCAAAUUUGUAUCUAUUGAUAAAAAAAGAUUUCUAGCCUGGGUUGACGUAUUUUGCUCGACCCGCUUAGUUUUCCACCACAAAACAAAUUGUAGCGCCAGUUCACCUGCUUUUACGCUAUGAUUUGACUAUUAAAUGUUCAAUGUGUCUUUUGAAAAAAUAUAUUUUAAAAGUAAUAGCUUCACCAUAUUUAAAAUGUAAUUUCAGUUCACAUAACAGGAUUGACCUUAAAAUAAAUCACUAAUAACAUUAAAUAAAUAAUCAUCUUUAGAAAUGACUUUGCCAAAGUAACAUAAUAAACCUGGAGAAAUGUUGGGGGUUAAGUGGGUUAAAAUCUUCCUGGAUGUCACAGAGGGACAUGUCAAAAUGCUGAAGUUUGGCACUUUAGCAAAUCUUUAUCCGUAUUAUAAUUCAGAUGUAUUGAAUUUCCCAUUUAAUAUAACAGGCUUUUAAAUAUUUGCGCACAAUUUCUACUUAAAGUAUUUUUAAAAAGGCAAUCAUUUUGUGGAACAACCCGUACUGUGUAUUGUAGACUGUAGGGCAGCUUGUCUUCGACAAACUCACUGGAAUGUCUUCCCCAGCAGAGAAUGAAAGUGCACUGAACUCAUACUGAACAGUGGGUGAUUUACAAUGGGGUUUUUCUCUCUCUUAAUUGAUUGUACAUAUGUAUAUUGUUUGCGGUUCCGUGUAUUGUCUUCAUAAUAUCAACUGAACUAUCUGUCAAAUGAUUAUUGAGGGAUUCUUGACUUUAGUAAAAACGUGUGGGUUGUGUAUGAGCUGUACAUAAAUGUCAUGUCCUCGUGCUUUUUCAUAUUGGUCAAAUAAAAAACAGCAUAAACAAGA